CGCUCCUAAGAAGAGGGACAGCGGGAGGAGUGCGAAAGCCAAGGGACCGGAAGUGACGUGAUGGCUGGCAUCGCGGGAAAGAGGCGCUGCUGCGCGGAGCCCGGAUGCCAUGAUGAAGGUGAAGUUGAAAAAUGUUUUUGUCGUCUACUUCUUGGUGUCUCUGUCCGGCCUGAUGUAUGCACUGCUGCAGUUGGGACAGCCCUGUGACUGCACCCAGCACCUGAAGUCAGCCAACGACCUGAUCCAUGACAAGGAGAAGAAGCUCUCCCAAAUGCAGAAUGAACUGAAGCGGAUGCAAGGACGAGAAAAAGCACCAGAGCCGGCAGAGCCAGCCGUGCCUUUUAUCUAUGUGAUUACCCCAACAUAUGCAAGGUUGGUACAAAAGGCCGAGCUCGUGCGCCUCUCGCAGACACUCAUGCACGUCAAGAACUUGCACUGGAUCGUGGUAGAGGAUGCUCCCGCAAAGACCCCACUGGUCUCGGAGCUGCUGUCCCAGAGCAGCCUGCGCUUCACCCACCUCUAUGUGGAGACCCCCAAAAACCACAAACUGAAGGAGGGGGACCCCAACUGGCUGAAGCCCCGAGGCGUGGAGCAGCGGAACUUGGCCCUGCAGUGGCUCCGGAAGAACCGCGAGCUCCACUAUAAGGGGACGGUGUACUUUGCGGACGACGACAACACUUACAGCCUCCGACUCUUUGACGAAAUCCGUGCCACCAAACGCGUCUCCGUCUGGCCAGUUGGCCUUGUGGGUGGACUCCGCUUUGAGCGCCCGCUUGUGGAGAACAGCCACGUUGUGGGCUUCUACACGGCGUGGAAACCAAACCGGCCCUUCCCGGUAGACAUGGCCGGCUUUGCGGUGGCCCUUCAGCUGCUCCUGGCCAAUCCGGAGGCACGCUUUGACUUGCUGGCCGAGCGUGGCUACUUGGAGAGCAGCCUGCUGCAGUCACUUGUAUCCAUUGAGGAGCUGGAGCCCAAAGCUGACAAUUGCACCAAGGUCCUGGUCUGGCACACGCGAACAGAGAAGCCCAAGAUGAAGCAAGAGGAGCUCUUGCAGAAGCAGGGCCUGGGCUCCGACCCCAGCAUCGAAGUGUAGGAAGAGAUCCUGCGUUUGGCAAAGGAUAAUACAGCCUCUCUGGGGUGCGCAGGAUGGACAGAACUCGUGCAAUCGCCCACAGAUCUUUCUGUGGUGCACUGGAACAUUUUCUAUUUAUUUAUUGAGCCCCUUCCUGUCCCACAGGGGAGCAAUGUGUUGGUUGAGAAGACAGGACUUUCUAUAAUUUCUGCUAUCCUCUUUUGCUGGGGAAGGGCCUCCUCUGUGCCAUUUUACCACCAUGCGUCCUUUAAAAAAAAAUUUUGAGUGCUGCAGUCUUUAAAGCUGGUUAAGGCAUGCUUUUAUUUCCUUGUCACUUCCAAGACGCUCUUGACUGCUGCCUCUUGAAAUGCAGAGUUAUAAGGACUGAGAGAAAAGAAAGUAGGGCCCCAUACAUGGAAAUUAGCUUUCAGUCAAUCCAUCUCCCAACAGUGACUAAGGAUGGCAUUGCACAGUGCCAAUACGCAUAAUUGAAGUAGCCUGAGCUCAAAAUGUGGGGAAACUAUUGAUUACUGUGAUAAAGUACUGCUCCCCAUCUCUUUGCCAGCUUCAAAACAUUGCAUUCCUUACCAUUUGGCCAAAGUUAGGAUCCAGUUUCAGGGAGGAGCUGGUUUCUCUCCUCCUGAACCAUGAGAGCAUGUUUUGAGUUGGUUGCCCUGUGCCCCAGCUGCAUGCCGCAGUGGCUGUUAUAGCAACAUACAUGCAUGCAAAUUGGUCAAUAAACAUAUUUGCUCCCA